GAGGGAGAGAGAGAAACAUAAAUGAUGAGAGACUCUUUGGUCGGCUGCCUCCUUCAUUCCCCCCCACGGGGGAUUAAGCCUGUGCCCCAGGCAUGUGCCCUGACUGGGAAUUGAACUUCGAUCGAUCUGGAUCAUAGGUUAGUGCUCAACCACUGAGCCACGCCGGCCGGGCUGAAACAGUGUUUUGUCUAAAGCCACUUUUCCUGCGUCCAGCACCCCAGCCGUCGCUCCUCCACCUGCUCCUCAGAGAAGGGAAGAUGAGCGAGUCGAGUUCGAAGGCCAGCCAGCCCCUGGCCUCCAAGCAGGACAAGGACGGCACUGAGAAGCGAGGGCGGGGCCGGCCUCGGAAGCAGCCUCCGAAGGAGCCCAGCGAAGUGCCAACACCUAAGAGACCUCGGGGCAGACCGAAGGGGAGCAAAAACAAGGGCGCUGCCAAGACCCGGAAAACCACCACGACUCCAGGGAGGAAACCUAGGGGCAGACCCAAAAAACUGGAGAAGGAGGAAGAGGAGGGCAUCUCGCAGGAGUCCUCAGAGGAGGAGCAGUGACCGUGCCACCCGCCUCCUCACCCAGGAGCAGUUUCCUUCUGGGACUGGACAGCUCCGCUCCCACCGC